UGCUUCAAAAACAGCCCUCUCGCCCCUUCGAAUCACAAAAAUCCCACCGUGACCUAAGGGGGUGGUCGAUCCCGUAAAAAAAAAAGGAGUGAUCCUUCACGGUUUGGAACACUUCAUCUCACACUCACCUCAAAUACAUCUUUAUGUUCAGAUGAGUUUAAAGGCAAAAUCGUCUAAAUAAGACGAAAGCCAGGCCUCGAGUGCUUGAGUGCUUGAUUGUGGAGGAAAAGUCCUGUUUGUCGUGAUAGUACUUUCGUGUUACUAUUUAUAGGAUCGGGAGACCUUAAGACGCGACAAUGAACCCUCAUAGAGAACAUGGCAUCCGCAGGAGAAUGGAGUUGAAUCCCAUUACAACAUCUCUACAUAUCACGUCGCCCCACCACCAGACUUCUGGAUAUACCAUUUCUGGGAAUUUGAGCUCAUCGCUUGGAUACAAUCCUUCACAGUACAAUACACCUUUGAGCUCUGUGCGACAGUACAACCCUUCACAAUGGACUUCAUCUCCCAGCGUCAGUGGUGGUUCAGAUGGUUCGCAUUUUCCUGCCAGACCAUCUCACGAUCCAGAUGGUACUUACUUUCAAGAAUUGUUUUUAAUUUUCGAAUUGUAUGCACAGUAUGCGCGGGGUAGUAAAAGCUAAUGAGAAACUGCAGUAGUGAUUCCAGCCCCACCUCCAUACUCUCCACCGCGAAGCAAUAGGUUGGCAGGAGGAUCAGAUGAACCUUUGUCGUCUGCUUCUGCUCCACCACAGGCAUAUCGUUCUUCCCCCGAGGCUCCACAUACCCCUCAUACUGCAGCUCCAAGUACUCCACACCCGAAUUAUCCUCCUCCACCUGGUGGGCGAUCGAGAGCUGGGUCGAAUGAUAGGCCACUCGGCGUCUUGGCAUUCUCUAGGAGAUCGGUUAAUCAUCUUGAAAACCCCAGAAUGUCACCAGCUUCGAACAGGGAACCAAUACCACCAGUGCCGCCCAUUCCAAGAAGAGCUGUGGAACAAACUCGCCCAGAGACUGUGGACCCUGUUCCAGUCAAUAUUUUACCUCCAGGGUCACGUCGAGCUGCAUCUACAGGAGCUAUCAGUUCAGCAUCUCCGGCCCACUCGCGAGACCCGUCUACUACUCGAUGGCAGCCUGGGAUGCCUUUACCCCCACCUCCACCUGGCCGUCCUCCACCCCCAAGAUCACAAAGUAUGACCCGUGCCACUGAAGCAGUAACCUCUCCCCCAACUCGAAGACCGCUUCCCACGUCUUCUUUAGGUCCAGUCCCGCCUACCCCGCUUUCGCCUCCAGUUCAAGCGUCUGCAGCAGCAUCAAAUUGGCCCAAUGAGACACCCGCGGCAUCACCUCCUCGGGACCGCUUAAAAGGUCCUGCGCUCCACGUCGAUACUGCAAGCGUUACUUCUAGUACAGCAACUGAUUCUGUCUCCGGGUCAAGUUCUUCUAGCUUGACAAGGUCACGAGCUGUCCGUGGAGAGAAAACUAUCCGUGAAAGAAGAAGUGAAAGUAGAAAUGGCAGGACAGCUUACCCUGAAUCGGCAAUUGAGCAAUCAAAUAAUCCGUGGGCAGAAGCCAUUACUCCCAGUGAUAUCAAUGUACCCCUAGCGAGGCACAAGACUAUGACUAGGGCAACCCCGAGGAGUGGGAGGUCGUCUAAUUAUUCUGAAACCCCAGGGUCAUCUCAAUCAACACUGCACAAUUUGAUCACUCCAGAUCGUGUAAAUGGGUUUCUUACUGGCUCUAGGGGCUCAACUCCUAGGCCAGUGGCGCAUACCCCGCCUUUCUCCCCCGAGUCCAUCAAGGCAUCUACAGUAAUCCAGUCCCCAUCGGUUCCGCCAAAGUCUUUACCAACACCUCCGCCACAAUCAAUAAUGGUUAAGAAAACUCCCAAUAGCCGUCCGCCCUCAUUGAUCAUCCCUAAGAAUGAUUUUACAGUCAUUACUGCUUCGACUCCAUCUCGACCUGCCACUGGUAAAUCCAUCUCAAGUCAAGUGUCCCACAUGACACUCGCUGAUGACUUUGCUCGCUCUGCCGCGGAAAGACAUGAAAUAUUUGUUCAGAGAGAAGCCAGUGCUACAAAUGAUACAGACCGUGUUCGGAUUUUUGCAGAAUUUAUUGUUAAUGAAUCCAGAAUACGUCGAGACCGCUAUGCCUCCGCGAUAGACGCAAUGGGGUCGGAAAUUCUAGAUCUGACCCGAGAUUUAUUUCGCCCUAAUGCUCGUAGAGACUCUACGAUGUCCUAUGGAAGUGAGUUCACACCCGAGUCGUCAGCUGCUCCAAGGUCUCAUAGAAGCUCGCUAGUGGGAGCCUUCAAAGAAAAUCUACAGUCACAGCAUUCCGAACCAAGAUCUGGAUCAAGGCAACCUACAAGGCCUAGCUCAAGGUCAAAUUCAAGGCCUGGAUCGAGAGCCAAUUCAGCAGGUCCACCAUCUCCGGAGCCAACACAACAAAACCCACAAUGGUGGAGUCAGCCUGGGUACAUGCCCUCCUUAUCUCCAAUUCCUAGCAUGAGUGUUAGUGAGGCACUCGAUGGAGCAAGUUCAAGAGGAAGGCCUUCAAGCAGAUGGUGGGAGGUUAGUCAACAGGGAUCAGAUGGGGUUCCUUCAUCAAGAUUUGAAAGAUCAAAGCGAGAAUCAAAGUAUAUGGGUAUGCCAAAGGAAUUGCGCGAGGCUUUACAAUUUGGAGAAGGAGACCCAUCGCCAAUGGAGAAUACGUUUGGCGGUCCAAGUAAUCCUGCCCACUUAGGUCCCAACGAAUAUCCCCGAGAGAAGACUGGCUUCCACGAACCGAAUCAAGUCUCUCCCGUAUUUCAACCAAUGAUUCCCCCAGCCCUCGUUCCACGGACACCAUUCACACCAAAACCGGACCACCUUGAUGUUUCGAGGCUAGUCACUUUACCUCCACCUUAUCCUCGUCAUCACCCAGCAGUAAACAAUAAUCAUCCUGACCUCACGAGUAUCCGUACAACUGUUCGUAUGCUAAGUGACAUUGCCGAAGUAACAGCUACUAAAGAACGUUUCGUGCGGGAUAGUGCCCGGAUGCGUGAGGAUCAGAACACCGCAGCCUCCAAACGUCGAGCUUCAUUGCGUCUCCGCAUACAGCGCGAUAUCGAAGCUGGAACCAUAUCAUAUGCUGAUGCGGCGGCCUACGAAGCAGAUUCUGUGGCUAGUGAAUCUCUCAAAUCCAAGGAAGCCGCCAAAUCUAUCUUUGAACUCUUUCAAUCCCAAGUCGUCCUCCCCAUUAACGAGCUACUCAUGACACGUAUUCAAUCAGCGACUGAUCUUUUUGAACAACUCAGAAGUAAACUCUUCAAUGAUUCACAAGACCAAAAUCCUACCUCUACGCAGGAAGAAGGUGACGAACAACCAGAGCUCAUUGAGAAAUUAACACUUCUAAAAUGGAUUUUUGAAGCUCGUGAACAACUCCACCGUGAAGUGUACGAACUACUCUCGGAUCGGAAUGAUCGUUACAAAGAAAUGAUAAUCACACCCUAUCGCCUCUCCAACAACGUUGAAAAGGUCCGUGGUGCAGAAUCAUUCUUCGCAGAAGAUGCUCAAAAACGCAAACAAGCAUUCGAAUCCGAGAUUCUCAAACGGACAGAAGAAUUCAUGGAUAUCAUUGAAGAAAACGUCGUUCGUGGCGUGGAAGUUCAACUUGGUGCUUUCUGGGACAUUGCUCCUUCUCUAAGUCGCUUGAUUGAACAAAUACCCAAAGAUGGCAAUUUGAAAGCCUUCAUGAUUCAGAUCCCCAAAGACGAAUACGAAGAAAAUCCAAGCUAUUAUGAUUUUCCAAUGCAAUAUCUAUAUACCCUUAUAGUCCACGCGGGCAAAUCAACAUACCAAUUUAUUGAGAGUCAAACAAAUUUACUGUGUCUGUUGCAUGAAGCUAAGGUGGGAGUAACGGCAGCAAAUUGUAGAUUAAUGGGCACGCAGCGGAUAGCUCAAGGAGAAGCGAAAGAAGAAGUAGAAAGGGAGUUGGAGGCGGUGAAGAGAGAGGAAGAUGGAAGAUUGACGGAUGAUUUGAAGGAGAAAGUUAAGGUUGUAGAGGAACUUUGGAGGAGUGGACUAGGCACUGAGUUGGAGGGGGCGAGGGGGAGGAUUUUAAACUGGUUGAAGAGUGUAGGCGGUGAAUUACCGCCGGAUGAGGUGUAGUGGCGGAAGGGGACGCAUUGAGAUGAUGCAUAGAUCACUGGUAUGGUGACGUGAAGAGAAGUGAAGCGAGGCGGGGUGUGAUGGCGAAGAACGAAAUUAUGUAUGAACAUGCAAACGUCAUGAUAUGAACAGAUUCAUUAAAUACACGUCUUACAACAUCCACGACGGGAAAACGGGAGUUAAUCGAAUUCAGGGAAUCUUCAAUGUAUAUAUUUACUUUCUUUUCUUAAACAGACAAUCGUUUGGAGGAGCUCGGGAGCAAAAUCAUUUAGAUUUUUUGGAGGUAGGCGACAGGCAAUAGGCUGUAUGUAGCUUGUGACAUCUUUUCGAUACCCUUAUCUUAUUUAGUAUUUAUCUCGUUAUGUACUUGUUUCUUCGC